AAGGACCCGGGCCCGGGCGCCGGCAGCGACAACAGCGGCGCGGGUGGAGCUCCGCUCGUCCGACGCCUCGGCGGGGGGGGCACGAAGCCGGCCCUACAGAACGCCAGGCCGUGCCCCUCCGGCGCGGGAUCGCCCGUCCUGCCGCACCGCUGCGGGUUAAAGGCGUUAUCACGGGGAGGGGAGCGGCGUAGCGAUGUUCCGUAGAAAUCCACGGGCGCUAACUCACGGCCAGCGCGGGGAAGGGCUGUCCUCAAAACUCCCCGCGCCUCCGUGAGCCUCGUGUGGGCGGUUUCCACACGGCAGCAUUGAGGUUGCGGGGGUGAGCAAGGUGAAUAGCUUGUCUUGAGAGCUUCCCCCGUCCCGUGUCUGCCAUCUCUUGUUGUUUCCGCAGGGGGAUGAUAAUUUCACUUACUGUCCGGCAACGGGCUUAGCUGAAGGCAGCGAGCACUCCCGGUUUGCUGGCUGGGCAUUUCCAUUCCCAGGGGUGUUUCUGACAGAGGAGUUCGUUAGUGAGGAUGAAGAAUUGGAGAUGGUGGAACUGAUGGACCGGGAUGAGUGGAAGCCCUCGCAGUCUGGCCGAAAGAAGCAGGAUUAUGGACCCAAAGUGAACUUCAAGAAACAGAGGUUGAAAGCUGGUGGCUUUACUGGUUUGCCGUGUUUUAGUAAAAAGAUUGUGGCACAGAUGGGGGCCUGCUCGGUGCUAGGUGGUUUCUUGCCUGUUGAACAAUGCAAUCUGGACUACAGGCCAGAAAGAGGUUCUGCCAUCGACCCGCAUUUUGAUGACUGGUGGCUGUGGGGAGAGCGUCUGGUUAGCUUAAACUUGCUCUCAAAAACCGUGCUGUCCAUGUCUUGUGAUUCAGAGGACAGCAUCCAAUUAUUUCCUACUUUCAGUAAAGAAAAGAAGGAAUUAAGUCCCCCUGGAUCUCUUACACAGACAUCAGCACGUGAGAACUCAGGCAGACAGGGAACCAGCUGCCUCUUGUCCCCAAGGCUCGUGCCAAGCAAGGAAGUGACUGUUGCCAUUCACUUACCCAGGAGGUCUCUGGUGGUGCUGUAUGGUGAAGCACGCUACAAGUGGAAACAUGCCAUUUACCGCAGGCACAUCGAGCAUCGGCGAGUCUGCGUCACGUUCAGGGAGCUGUCUGCAGAGUUCAGCGCUGGAGGAAGGCAUGAGGAACUGGGCAGAGAACUGCUGGAGAUAGCUCUUUCGUUUCAAGGAACACCGGUGUGAUCAGCAAGGGGCGGCUAGAAUUGUGUCUUGAAGGAGUUUGAAAAAUAAAAACCGGGAUUUUUAGAAUUUGGUUUAUUUCUGAAGCGUGCAUAAGGAACCAGGUACGUACUGAGGGAAUCAAAUGGAUGUUAGCAAGCACAAACAAGGUGGUGCAGGAAAGGGAGGGGGCAUUUCUCUGUGUGAAGACUGUCCUGGGCAGUGGCAGCUCUUAUGUCAUACUGCCUUACUGGUAGCUGUGCCCUAGGGACACAACUUUCUUCUCACCCACUUCAGAUUGCUCCUUGAGAGAGAAGCUCUCCAGGGGGCAGGCAAGCAUCUCUCCACAGAUAGUACAACACUCUGAGAACUAAUUAAAGUAAUUAUCCUUCGCUGAAGAUUCAUACUUUAGUCAUAAAUGCUGUGUGUGACCUAUAUCUUCUGAGACCAAAGAGCUGCAUUUGCAGAGGGCCGACUCUUCCGCAGAGACAGCUUGGGCAGAGCUCAGACCUGAGACUCGCACAGACUGUGUUAUUUUCUGAUCAUUUGUCAUCUCUGAACCCUGCUGUCAGCUCUCAGUAUUGAGAGUCAGAUUCUGGGAAUCAGCUGGGCAACAGACUGCAAUACCAGUGGCUAUCAUUUUUUUUUUUCUUGGCACCUCCAGCAGUCAGGUUUGAAUCAUACCUUGUACCUAAGAUUCAAGCAGUCAUUUGUAGCAGACGCUGAUUGAGGGCCAUCUGUCUGUUCAGAACAAACUUCUGUGCUCUUGGAAAUGAAGCUGUGCUGUGGAAGAAGCGUGAUCCUUAACCAACACAGUUGUGUCAUCAGAACCAUUCGGCAUUGUCACAGCUACAGUAAUAAAAUGACACUUUGCAAUGCUGA